AUGCAAAAGUCGUUUCUCCUGUCCGUGUCUGUUAUUAUCGAAAUUCCAGCUGGUGAAAAGCGUUGCUUAUAUGAUGAGAUGGGAAUUGGUCACAAGCCUCACAUGUUUAUCACCUCCAUUGGUCGUGAUGAAGUUAUCUCGGAUCAUGAGCUGGGAAUUGAUCCGGAUCAUCCUCCGACCUUCAGAGACACUCUUCUCGAGAUUCCGUAUUUCUCGGAGUAUGCGUUUUGUCUUGAUAAUGACAAAACCCGGUAUUCUAAAGCGGCCAAGAUCGUCGAUAUCCGCUUUGAUGAAGGAGAAAACGAGGAUGGAUUGGACACAAUCGAUGACGACUUGUUGAAGGGAGAAGACAUUAUCCAUAUUGGCGAUUCCAUGAAGGAAAUCCAGAGUAUGACGACUGAUAUUAAAGGAAAGCAGGCUGCUUACCGUCUCCAAGAGGAAGAACGUCGAGCUAUUGUGAUGAAGACGCACGAUCGUGUGUCCCUUGUGAACCUGAUCGAAAUUGUGACCUUCUUUUUGUUCUCCGUGGUGCAAAUCUUUGUUAUCCGACGUUGGUUCAAUAACAAGAAAGCUCUUCUUGGUUAA